AUGCUUUAUAUACUUAGCCAUUUAUACUCAAAACAUUAAAGAAUAAAAAAAUAAAAUAAAAAAAAAAAAUAAAACUAAAACUAAAACUUUAAGUAAAAUAUGAAUAAAUUGAUCCUUUUGAGUAUUAUCAUGCUCAUGCCUCUCUGUUUGGCUCAAAAUAUAAGUGUAGAAAAACUUCUUGCUUAUAAUUAAUGGUCAAGCUAACAUCAAAGAGUUUAUCUGAAUGAAGAUGAAAAACUAUUUAGACAAAUGGUUUUCUUUGAGAACUUGUAAAAGAUUUAGGAACAUAACAGUGAUCCUAAUAACACCUAUUCUAUCGGUUUAAACAAAUUCUCAGAUAUGACUAAAGAAGAAUUUGCUGAAAAAAUUCUUAUGAAAUCCGAUUUUGUUGACAAUUUAAUGAAAGGAAUCAAUUAAGAGGCAACUCAUAAUGAUGCUAAUAAAGAAGCUUAGUUCAAUUCAAAAGGCGUUUCUUAUGCUUAUUCAAUAGACUGGAGAACAAAAGGUGCUGUAACAUCGGUUAAGGAUUAAGGUAGUUGUGGUUCAUGCUGGAGUUUCUCUGCAGCUGGAGUAAUGGAGUCAUAUAACUUCAUUAGAAACAAAGCUGCUUUAGUUGAUUUUUCUGAGUAAUAACUUGUUGAUUGUGUCAUCCCUGCAAAUGGUUACAACUCUUAUGGAUGUCGUGGAGGAUGGCCUGUUUAGUGUCUGGAUUAUGCCUCCAAAGUAGGUAUUACUACCCUAGACAAGUAUCCCUAUGUUGCAUUUUAGAAUAAUUGUAAUGUGACUGAUACAAAUAAUGGCUUUAAGCCUAAAAAAUGGAAUUAAAUUGCUAACACGCCUGAUGACUUAAAAAUGGCUUUGAAUUGGACUCCUGUUUCUGUAGUUGUUGAUGCUUACAAUUGGGGUAGUUAUUACUCUGGAAUUUUCAACGGAUGUGAUUAAUCUCAUAUUAGUCUUAAUCAUGCUGUGUUAGCUGUUGGUUAUGACUUAGAAGGAAACUGGAUUCUUAAAAAUUCUUGGGGCACCAAUUGGGGUGAGAAUGGCUAUAUGAGACUUGCUGCUAACAACACAUGCGGUAUCUUAAGCUUUAAUUAUUUAGUUACUGCUUGA